UUGUAAAACAACGUCCUGAUAACGUUGAAGAAGGAGGGAAAGGGUGCUCGGAAGGAAUAGUCGGCUACUAUCGAGUGGCUAAAAGUCGAAAUGCCAACUUGACGCUCGCCAACUUUCUACCCCGCAAAUCGACCCCACACUCAACCGCCACGACAACAAGUCAUCGGUUGUUCCGCAAUAGCUCUUAUCGAAAACAACGGGUCAAGCAUUGCUCCCGUGGACGGCAUGAGACGAUGGUCCACGUAAAAUCCUUUUUGCCAGAUCCGCCCGAACUACCCCCAACCAACAUUCAUGCUUUUUUCAUCGAACCCCGCGAGACGGUGGACAAGGACUAUGUUUUCUUGAUCGAUGGUCUGACUGGAGAGCAAUGGACGCGAUCAUAUUUCAAGGAGCGCGUUGACCGUGCGAGGACCGCGCUGGACAUGGGCGUUGAGCGAAAAGGGUUGGGGCUCGUACAGUCGAACAUGGUUGCUAUUCUUAGCGAGAAUUGCAUAGAAUAUGUGACACUGAUUCACGCCCUCUGUUCCUUGGCCGUUCCGUUCGCACCUUGCUCGGCCUAUGCUACACCAUAUGAAUUAGCACACUCUCUUCGACUCUCAGGAGCAUCCCAUCUUUUCGUUCAUUCGGAUAAAUUGAAGAUAGGUCUUCAGGCGGCCAAAGAAGUCGGUAUCCCUGCUUCCAAGGUGUAUGUUCUUCAGGGAAAAGCUCCUCAAGGUUUCAUAACUCUGCAACAGCUCAUAAAACGUGUAGAGCUGGAGAAGAUUCCUAUUGUCCCAAUAAAGCCUGUGACCGCUAAUCAGCUUGCAUUCGUCUUGUUCUCUAGUGGUACUACCGGACUGCCAAAAGAGCGUUGUAUGGAUGGCAACGAUAAUGGCAUCAGAUUUUCGCCGCCUGAAGGUCAUAAUCCUGUUUUAAUGGGUUAUCUGCCAAUCUAUCACACUUUUGGUCUCCAUACAAUAUGCCUUAGGUCACUGUUGGCUCCUGCCACGAUCGUAAUUAUCCCACGUUGGAAUACAGACUUAGUACUGGACCUCAUCCCAAAGUACCGCGUGACAACUCUACCAAGUGUCCCAUCUAUCAUCCAUCAACUCGCAUCCUCGCCCAAGCUAGCCAAGACGGAUAUGAGCUCUGUCCUUGCUGUAACAUCUGGGGCAGCAUAUCUACCUUUACCACUUGCUGACAAGAUACAAGGCAAAGUUGGGACCAAGAGCCCGGUAUUGACCGGCUAUGGUCUCUCAGAAGUGGGUCAACUGGGAGGAAAGUGGACACGAGUACCGGACUCAACUGGCGCACUUAUCCCAGGAAUGGAAGCACGUACCGUCCGCGAAGACGGCACAGAAGCAGACUAUAAUGAAAGCGGAGAGUUGUGGCUCAAGGGCAAGAAUGUCGCCAUGGGCUAUUAUCGCAAUCCAAAGGCGACAGCUGAGACAACAUCUGCAUGGGGUAGUAGCGCAUCAGUAUCCAACUCCAGGUCACCAAUCAGUCAAGAAGUGUCCUCAUCUGAUGAUCUCAGAUGGAGAGAUGUCAUGAAUGCAAAUUCGAAACGGUUGAGCAAACGAAUCCACCGCGAGUCCCGCAUUUCCGUCGCCUCUACAUCUUCCAACUUCUUUGGUGGUGGUGGAGAUAUACCUUCUCCCAUCGAUAUCCCUCCUAUGCCAACACCAAUUACCCCAAUGACGG